AUGAACUCGACAGUCCGCAACGCAUGCAUAGUUGAGGACUGGCUUACUGCUGAAAAGGUGCUGAAUAGAGAUAUUGACGCUGACGCUGACGAUCACACCGCCUAUGCCAAUCGUGCAUUUGUUAUGGCGCGAAAACGCGACUGGAACCAAGCACUUCAAGACGCAAUUCAAUCCGUCAGCAUUCAGCCAUCGUUGGCAGGCCAUAUCUCCGAGGGUAUUGCCCUCUGCGGAAAAAACCAGGUUCCGGCUGCGAGGAUUUCAUUUGACCUCGCAUCCAUGUUCACGAACCGAGAUUUAAAGACCGGCCACUUCCUUUUCCUCAUCAAGGCAGAGGCGAUGCUUCGCAUCCGAGAGCUAGCUACGUGUCCCAAUGUCGAUCUUGUUGCUUGUUAUAUCGUGGAAGCCUACCUACGCGUCCAACUGGGAAAUAUCGCCUUGCAGGGCGCCCGCUACAACGAAGCCGUUGAACACUUCACUGCCGCUGCCAAUUCUAGUACUUUCUUCUACAAGUCGCCCAUUCAUUUGACGUACGAUGAAUUUGUCGUGCUCUUUGGUUGGGACCUCAAGUCAUUGUGGCAAACUGCAAACCGACAACAGUGUCGUGCACUCUUUCGAGCAGGUAGUUUGAGAGCGGCCGUCGAAUCGUAUCAGUCCAUGAUGGAUAAGAUUGAUGAGGAUAUGAAAGCCGACUUGCGUGCUUGGUUCACUGCAAUCAGACAUCCAUAUAUCGCAGCUGUAACUCUAAUAUACAUCUCUGGCACUCCUGAACUCCUCCUAACACCAUUGCGGAUUGCGCGUUAUUUGUGCUUCCUCCCAUUCCGGUUAAUCCUUUGGCCGUUCAAGCUCUUGACCAGGUUCAUCCUGUAUAUCGUCGGUUUUAGAAGACAGGGUGUAGCAAAAGGUUCAUACGCAUCCCGAUACCAAUCCCGUCGUUAUGGUGGCUAUGUACCAUCGCAAUCAGCGUUUUCAAAAUUCCAGGCGCAUGGGGCUACUGAUGAUUACGAGGACGGAGAUGAACCACAAUCAACGAUUGCGGCUCCCGUGUCUUUCAUGGCAGGUAUUGGAGAUUUGGGAUUUCGUGGGAGCUCGUUUGAUGGACAUUCAGCUGCUAUGACAGACUGGUCGAAAUUGAUGAGCAGUAUUUUCUCCCAAGGGUCCGAAGCUUUCUCAGAGGCUAAACAACGAGUCCAAGCCAUUUCUCAGAAAGAUCUAGACCCGCAGAACGUAGACUGGUCUAAAGUAUCGAGCAAUGUUGUCUCCCGUGUGUCUGAUGCUCUGACAGAGGCCAAACAACUGGUCAAUCAGGCCGCGUCUCAGAGAGACAUAGACAUACAGAACGUUGACCAGUCCAAAUUGUUGAGCAAUAUUGUAUCCAGUGCGACUGAUAUGUUCGACUGGUCGAAAUUGUGGGACAACAUUCUCUCUUAUGCUUUUAGUGUGCUGGCAACAGCAGGACGACUGGUGUAUGCCUUUGUUGGAGUAAUCUUCAAUAUAUCACGCACCUACUGGACCAACAUGUGGUGCAGUAUUCUCUCCGGUAUUUUGUUCGCUUUAAUAGCAGUCAACAACUGGUCAAUCGUGCAUCCAUACGUUGCAGCCGGAGUCUUGAUAUUGCUCUCUGCAGUCACAAAUAUUGGAGUCUUCCUGACAUUAUCGCAGCUAACGGGAACAUUUGCAGUGAUCUUGUGUCUCCUCCCGGUGCAGUUGAUCAUCUGGUGUUCGGGUUUCAGGAGUCAGGGAGUAGCGAAAGGUACACAAAUCAGCGGUCUCCACUUCCUAACUGAACACGCCACAACAGGUUCAUUUGCAUCCCUGUUUCAAUCCAUGUACUACAGUGGUAUUGUGCCACGAGGCUCUUCGUUCGCGCACCUCCAAUCAACUGGGGCCACCAUGUGGCUAGUUCCACUGACACUCGUCUCCUUGUUAUCGUAUGCUGGAGUUGUAAUUGUCUUGGGCCGAGAGUGGGGGUGGUGGUUCCAAUGA